GAAUGGCGAGCGAUGGGGCAGGGGUGACAUGGCGGGGAAUUGUGCCCGAGUAUGCGUCGUGCUACUGCGAGGAAAACGCGGCGAGGUUGGCAAAGACGCUCGACGGACGCGACGAUGUGGGGAGGGUCUGGAUCUGGCUGAUCUCCAACCAAGCCAAGGCUGUGCCGCUCUGGGGUCAGCGGAACGCUCGCCAGUCGCCGCCGGACGAUGUGGUGGUCUGGGAUUAUCAUGUGCUGGUGGUGGCAGAGGUCGAUGACUACGAUGGGGACGAUGGCCGCCGCUCUUGCCACGGAUCAGAGUCAGAGUCAGCGUCAGAGGUCGAGACCGAGACAGAGAUAGAGACCGAGUCGGGCGAUGGGAGCGGUGGAUCGGGCACAGGGUCGCGGGGCGGCGCGGGCGAGAUCAUGGUGUUUGAUCUGGAUACAUCACUCCCGUUCCCCAGCCCAUUGGAUGCGUAUGUGGCGUACACGUUCCGGCCGGGAGUGGCGCUGCGGAGCAAGUACAUGCAGCAGAUCAAGGCGGUGGAGGCGCGCAAGUUCCUAGAGGUCUUUGCCUCGGAUCGGUCCCAUAUGGUCCGUGAUGGGGCGUACAUCAAGACGCCGCCGCCGUGGUCAUGCAUGCGGGGCCGGCGAGCAGACUCGGCGCACACUCUGCCGCGGCUGUGGGACAUGUCCAACACUGACGAUGGGCCCGUUUACAGCGUUGAAGAGGCGCUCGCCGUGUUUGGGGCCAGCCGCACGCUAGAUGGACCUGCAAGGUCGAGUGGAGACAGCGAUCGGUUCGCCGGCCCGCGAUCCAAGCGCUUACUCUCGUCGCGCAAGCGCGGCAAGGGCAAGGGCAAGCGUAAGCGUAAGCUGGGUCGGCCGUCUGCCUCGGCUCCGGUCCGCCUGGUCUCCGCCACAAGCCUCACGCCGCCGCUGCGCUAUGGAUGGGUGUGCACUGCGCCGCAUGAGUGCGCUGUCCGAGCCUCCGUCUCGCCGGUGGAUCUCCCGCAUAUGGUCCUUGCUCCCGACUCGCUCGCCGCGGCCACCACCUACACCAUCGCCGUGGCUGUCACCGGCGCAUCCGGCUCGGGCCUGGCUUCGACCACCUUUACUACAGCAGGCCCGGCUGUCGGCGGCGGACGUCCGCUAUGCCGGCAUUGCUUUCCCCGCUUCAACGUGACCUGCGCCGGGUGGUCCGGCGACGGAUCGCUCUCCUUUGCCGCCACGCUGGCUGAUGAUCAUCUCGGUGCUCUGGCUCUGCUGCCGGCGCCGGUCUUGCUUGGCCCGAGCGGUGCUGUCCUCCAGCUCGUCCUUCCGCCUCGCUCAGCAGUCAACGCCUCGCUCACCUAUAGUCUUGCCAUCGACGUCCUCACAAACGGCGCCGAUGCCAGAAGGCUCGAGUUCAAUCUGACCGUGCCGGAUGCCGAGGGUGCAGAGCCGCUGGCGGCGUCCGCCGCGGUGCUCGCUGGCGUCGACUCUGUUCUCAGUGGCAAUGUGCCGACGGCGGCAGCUCUGGCAGCAAGUCUUGUUCCGCGCUACAUCGCCGCGCAGAGGCUGCUCGCCCGGCCCGAGGCUGAGCUCCUGCCGGCGGCGGUCGCUGUGGGCAACGCGGCGAUGGCGGCACUGACAGACUUUGUGACCGGCAUGCUCAGUUCACCGCCAACGACGACGCUGGCGGUCUCGGGCGAGGUGCUUGACGCGGUGCUAGCAAGCGCGGCGCAGCUGGCGGCGUCAGUCCGGCUCUACGCCCCGCUCGGCAGCCAGCUGGCCGAUGCUGUGGCAGCCACGGCGGAGGCGUACGUGGUACGCUCGUUGCCGAUCUCGCAAGCCGGCUUUGACGCCGGCGUCGCCUUUGUCCGCGACUAUUGGACUGCUGACUCGUCGCUAGUGGAGGACUUUACCCGGCGGCGGAUUGUUGCGGGCGAGGUUCGCGCUCGCGGCCUGGCCAUCCUUCACGCGCUCAUCACGGCGCGGUCCGUGCCAUUUGUGUCCGGUGAGCUUGCUGCUUACGAGCUACCGGUUGCAUCGACCACGAUUGUCUCGCUCACGUCGAUCCGCAUCGUCCGCUACGACUGUGCCUCGCCAUCCGCCGGGUUUGCCGCCGCUGCGCUCUGCGGCUCAGAUGCAGUCCUCGCGCUGCCGGAUGCCUCGCGGGUCUUCAACCUUGUCUCGUUUGAGACUGACUCGGGCUUUCCGCUCAAUGCUACAGAGAGUGGGAGGAACACAAGCAGAGCGCCGCUGUUUGGUGCAGCACAUCCGCGCAAGAGCCCGAUCCAGCUCACGCGCGCAUGUUAUCUCUCGCUGCUGCGGGCCGACACCGGCGCCGAGCUAGUUGUGGCGGCGCCGGCAGCCGGGAUGCUCAGCGCCGUGUGCGACCGCAACAAGGUGUCGGCUGUCAUCCCGACCUCGACAUUACGGUCAUGCGCGGUGUUUGAUACCGAAGCCCGGGCGUGGGUCCGCGGCGUAGCCGACUACGUGCCCGACUUUCGCGGAUGCGGCGUGCCGCGGCUCCCGAUCGAGGUCGCGGUCUUUGAUGUCUCGACCGACCCGGACACGUCGUUUAUCCUCGGCCUUCUCCUCAUCUGCAUCCUGCCGUGUCUCCCGGCCGGAGUAUGGGCCAUCCGCGGCGUGGCCAAGCUCCUCCGGCGGUCGUCGCCGUACCGACACGUCCGGCUCUCGGAGCUCUCGUACUACUCGGCCGACUCGGGCUCGCACACGACGGCGCACGUGCCGACCACUAUUCCGUCGACCUCGUCGUCGUACUCGACGUCGAUCGCGUCGGAAUCAGAGUCAAGCUAG